CACACCACGCGUCUUGAAAAAACCUCGCUUCCUUACGUGUUUUUUGCCUUAGCAGCCGUAGUUGCAAAGUCGGUUUUUUAAUUAAAAAAUUUUUCGUUUGUUUUCAAUUUAAUUUCACGGAAUUGAUGACCUGCCUUAAAAUUGUGGGUAAUUGUAUGGUGUCGUGCUUCCGAUGAAAUAGUGCGCGGUGACAAUUAAUGUAUGGUGAAAUAAGAUGUGGGCGUGAGCUACAGUGAUGGGCUUUUUAUCUUCUAGAGUUUGAUGAUGAGAUUCAAUUUUGUAAUUGACAUCGUGUGGGGACACUUGUGUCAACGGUCUUGGGUGCGGAUAAUUGUUGUGUCGUGAAGUGGUCAAUAAAGUGUGAUAAAAAUUUGAUGAUUGUCCGGAAAAAGUGACAGUUGACCGGGAAUGCAAUGAUGAAAUAUUACCAUGCAUGCGGGUCGCGUUGGUCCUGAGGCAAACGGAACGAUCUUGAUCCAAUGACGAUGAGAAACCCGUGGAAAAUAGAGACGGAGGGCAACGGAUUGAUGACAAAAACGAGGAGUACGAAGAAAACGAUACGCGAGCACCAGCAGCGGCGUUGAAAUACGCGCUGCUGGAGUCACAGCGGCUACGGCUACGGCGACGUUUCAACCAAGGGAAAAUCAGAUUCGUAGGCGGAGCUUGGUUCAGAUGCCGUGGCUGGUGGACACGUGACACGGAAACUUGUCACGCCGCCCUUGCCUCCCCUACCUUCGUAAUACCCCCUUCCCUCUGGAGCCCCUUCCAAGCUUCCCCCACCAUCUCGUCGUCAACCGAAAACACGACUGAACCCGAAGUGCGAGACAUCAGCGCCGCCGCAUCGCCGACCGUCGCAUUCGUCCCAUGGACAACAAGCUCUGCUAUCUCGACCAAUCCGCCCACCUCUUUCCUGCCACUCUAUCUGACUUCUUCGGAUCAACCGGCGACCAUGAUUGAGAAAUUUGUCGCUGCGGAUCAUCCUCGUAGAUACGCGCAAGAAUGGAUGCUGCUUCAUAGCGAUUCGUUUAAUUCUUCAUAAAGCCUCGAUUUUAUUCUGGAUUCUCUCACGAUGGGCAACGCAAUUACGGGAGAGAAUUCUGCCAUUGAACAUUUCGAUGAAACAGUCUAAUCGCUUCUGUUCUGACUAUCGUGGCAGUUGAAUACCAAUUACGCGUUAACUUGCUCACAUUGCGAUACAGUAAACUUGCUUUUGGAUUACAGCAAACCAAAAAUUUCAUUUUUUUCCCCUACCAGAAGCGAUCUUUGAUAAUCCUCGUUGCUGUGAAUCAAGGAAAUAAUUUUAUCAUUAAGUUCUAACAUGCAGCAAGCGAGUCUUGGAUCAAAUACCAACGGCCAGAGUACCGUGACGAUGAAGUCGCGCCACGAGGACUCCGUCAAGGACGAAGAUGGAAUUAUCAUGAAAAAAGAUGUGAUAGUGAAAAGCGAGAUUCUGACGACGGAGGGCGAGCACGUACCUGGGAUUCGCGCGGCGGAUAAAGAGAUUAAAAUCAAACAGGAGAGCCUGGAAGAUGAUGCUGCUCAGCAACAUCUGCAACAAGGCUGCAUCAACGAUAAGCCUGAAUUAGCUAGUGGCUAUCGGGAACAUCGUGAUUGUCAGUCGAGUUCUAAAAGUUCAGUGGAUACUCAUCAAGCUCCGAUCGACAGGGAUUAUCGUGGCGAAGGUGCUUACUCGUCAAACUCCUCGUCCAGUGUAACUGCUCCUGGAGCUACGACGGCCAAACAGUUCCAUGAAAAUAAUUCUCUCGAAAAUCAAAGUGCAGAUUUUUCUCGCAUGCCAGUGCAUCAGUACUCGGGGAUUCAGCAUCCAGCUUAUCGCACCGCUGUUCCAACGGUUUCAACAGCAAACUCCAGGGCUCUUGGAUUUCCACAUUUUUACGCUCCCCCUCAACCUCCUGUUCCACGGCAUGCCGCGAACCCUCCCCUGCAGCAAGCUCCGUUUUCCAAUUCUUCAUCCUCACCGGCACGCCAUUUCGGUGCUGGAAAACGUUCAAAGGAUGAAAAGGACUCGGCUGGUUUUAACGAUGCAAACGUUGCUUAUCGACAGAACGCCGUAGGAAUGCUUAACGAAGCUUUUCUCCGUGAUUAUCAGAACGAAUUGAGUAACUUUCAUCUCGGAAAGUGCCCUCCGAAUUUUACCGUUCCUACGAGCUAUGGUGCGCCACCAACUUUUCGUCCGACGGUCGCCAGGGCGUAUGCUCAACAUCAACAACAACAACAACAACAACAGAAUAACAAUAGCGCGUUUAGAAAUCAACUCCAAUUUUUUUCCUCGAGUAAUACUACCGCUGUAAGACAGAACAAUAAAAAUAAGUGGAACAGUAACUCAGGGACUGGGAGGGCGAUCCAUCCUCCUCCACACGGAGCCUCACCGAACUCAAUUCCCUCCUGGCUAAUGCGUCCAGAUAUCCCGUUGACUAAUCCAGUGAAUACUCUGCCAACGAAUCCAAACGCAUUUGCGAAUACUUCUCCAAAGAGUCGUAGUGAUUCGGGGAAAGAAGCGAAUGAUGCCUCGACAGACAUUAGCAAAGUUCAUGGACAAACGCCAACGAUCUGCACUUCCAUCAGAUGCACGGUGACAGGAUGUCCCUGCGACUCUUUUACACCGGGGAAGCGUCAUCUCCGCUACUGCGACAAGUGCCAUCACGGUUGGGUUCUUCACGCUCUUGCACGACUGUCGAGCCUCCACCACCACCAGCAAAACCAGCAACAUCAGCACGUAACAGGCGGCAUCGCUGGAUCUCGUGGCGAGGCUGGUGGGGAUGUCGCCUCCGGCCCACGGAACCAUGGUAGGGAGGACAAAAGCGCCGUAGGGAGGGUAAACCAUCGAACUGAACACGAGCGCGGUGGCGUCGGUGGUAACCGUGGAGGUGGACGAGCAAGUGGUGGGGAAGAUGCCGGCGAUGCUGCGGAGAAGGAGGAGAUGCGACCGGCUUCAGAGACUGUCGAGCCGACGGCCGUGUUUGACGUCGCAUCCCUCGUCCUUUACGGCUCACGCGCGCUACCCAUUACACUUAAAAUACUACUCGAUCAGUUGUUUAAUCAGUUGCCACACGCGAAAGUGACACGUCUACUAGCCGCAUUCGGCUGGACCCACGAGGAUUACACUAGAGGAUACAUACUGCAGGACUCGCAAAAUCCCGCUGGCCCAAACCCCGGCCCUCUACUGGACCGAUGGAGCAUUUGUUCGGCUGAGGAGGAACCGCUGGUAUUACAGCAGUUCCUCAGAUUCCCCGAGACGCGUCCGUUCGUGCAGCAACUGCUGCUGGCUACCGGUACGCCAGCGUCGGAUGCUAUGUCACCUAGCAGACGACCUUCACCGCCUACUAUGCCGCUUGCCCAUUUGCCACCAUCUUUGCAUAUGCUACACUGCCGUUUGCCAGGUUCGCGAUUGCCACCACCUUUGCCACCUCCACCGCCUCCACUAUCGUCGCAGCAGUCACAAUCUUCGUCCUCGUCGUCGGUAUCGCAUCCUUCCAUGUCACCGUCCGCUUCAAAGCAUCAUUACACUUCGACCACGAUUAAUUCCGCAUCGAAUUGCGUGACAUCGAAUUCGACGCCGCACGUUAGUCUCGAAAACACGAACAAUCUACAUUUAACUGUAUCACCACUCAAUCGACUGCAAAGCAUGCAACCAUUUGAUUUUCGUGAACUUGGUAGCUUAGGCUUGCCGGGAUUCCCGUUGCCGCCGCAUUCUCUCGAUCAGUUUAUGCAGAGUCAGAGAAAAUCCAUGAGGAAUUUCCCCCAGAGCCCGCAGAGCCCUCCGCACCAUGGUUCCUCGCAAUUGAGGCCACCGAUGCCCGUGGCGCCAAUAUCAGCUUCGGCAUUGGCAUUCGGACAUCCGCUCGCCGUAGCUGGUUCCUCGGGUGCUCUACCGCCAAAUUUUCCAGCUCAUUUUUCUCAUCCAGCAAUGGCGAAAUUGAGCGGAAACGCUGCAGCCGGUUUGGCCAGUAUGGCUGGUGCUAUCGGAGAUGGGCAUAGCGUGGGGGAAAAGAGUAGCGAGUUUGGUAGCGAGGAAGACGACGACGAUGACGAAAACUCCGGCAGUGCACUGAACCUUAGUCGUCGGGAUUCUUCGACGAAACACCAGCAGCAACAACCCCAACAGCAACACACAGACAAGCAACGGCUACGUCCGCUGUCAUUGCAAGGCGCAGCAGCUCCACUUGGGAGACCACCAGGAUUGCCAGGACGGAAAUCACACUCACCCGGUAAGCGUAGCCAGUGGGGCACAACGUCAACGUUGCCACCGAACCUGGGCACGCCUUUUAUCAAUCCCACUACGGGGAAGAAAAGAGUACAAUGCAACGUUUGCAUGAAGACAUUCUGCGACAAGGGAGCAUUGAAGAUUCACUUCAGUGCUGUUCAUCUCCGUGAGAUGCAUCAAUGCACUGUUAAAGGUUGCAACACAAAGUUCAGCUCAAGACGAUCGAGAAAUCGUCACAGCGCUAAUCCAAAUCCGAAAUUACAUUCGCCGCAUUUACGACGAAAAAUAUCUCCGCACGACGGUAGAUCAUCGAUGGCCCACGCUCUCGUCCUGCCACAGCAGAUGGGUCUGCCCGUGCCCCCGAGCGGAUUGAAUCAUCUGCCGUUUGGCUCGUUUCCACUUCUCACUCCACCACCGGAUCUUCGUUCACCAGCAUCACUGUGCGCCCUUGAUUUUAAGCAUCUUGACUUAUCGUCGACGCAGAGCCAACCGAUGUCUUACGACGAGGCUAUCCAUCAACGAAUGAUAACGACAACGGCGGCAACGACGACGGCUCACAGCACAAUACCGAUGUCUCUGUACACUUCGUCGACUCCGACAACUACGAACAGUCAAUUGAAAGGACCACCCAGCACUACCAGCACGGCAGGUGCGUCGCCAUCCUCGCAAACACCAUCGAUAAUACUCGAGGGCGAGGAGGAUGACGACGACGAUGACGAGGAUGACGACGAAGAAGGUAUCGUGAUAGUCGGCGAUGAGAUGAACCUUUCAACUAUCGGGCGUACAAUUAGGGAUGACGACGAACAAACAGUGCCCUACAGCCUUGCCAAGAGACCAAAAUUAUCGCACGACGGAGCCGACGAAGAUCUCAUGAGCAACGCAGACAGCAUGGACGACACCGACUCGAUAAGCACCGUCGAUCAACAAUCCGUAUCUUUCAACGCGCAUAGAGCAUCAAACUCAUCGUUCAAUACUCGCAGCGUUCACAAGAGAAAGUCACAACGCCCGACGCGAUGCGCUAUGCCAACGGAAGCAAACAUGUCUUCGACUGACGGUGAUUCAUCGAACGACGGUGUGUUCCAGGAUCAACCGGAGGACAUGUCGAUGUCGAGACUCGAGGCUGAGCAACGGAAAAACGGUACCCCGUCACCGAGGAGUCUGCAGCACGAGGGUGACUCCGUCUCACGGUCACCCACCGUAAGGGAACGUGAAAGAAAGGAGACCAAUUCAGCAAAUGUUACGUGUCAAGAUAAAAAAACUGGCAAAAAUCAUAAAGAUGAACAAGAAGAUCAAGAAGAACCACGAGAUUUGAGUUCGCGCGCAAACAAUUCGACGAGAUCGCCCAAAAUAGCUCAUAGUCCGGAGUCGAAAAAAGUGAGUUCAACGGUUGACAGCUCAUCGCCAUCGGACCCCGACGCGCCUUACCGUUCCGAAGCACCGACGUGUCUCGCCUUGAGCGAUAGCGAAAAACUUCUGCAGCGUCGUAAAUCACGACGCUCCGUUGAUUCCGCUCCAAAAAACAUACGCGAUGCUGAUAAAUUGAUGGACCGACUGUCAUCCAGUAACGAAGAUGGGCCUAGGAGACAGGGGAGAGAGGAGACACUGGCGAGAGAAGCGGAAGCGGCGACGUACGAGGAAGUACGAAAAACUGCAGCGGCAAUGGCAGCGGUAACGGCAAUGGCGGUUGGUGAAUCAGCGUUGAUGGCAGCGUCGGCCGCAAUCAUGAAGAAAGAGGUGAUCGAGGAUGAGGGCGAGGACGAGGAUGACGAUGAGGUGGAACGUUUGGGACGAAAGGACGAAGGACGUCUUGAAAAUCGUGAAGGUGAGCGUCCCGAUGUAUCACCCUCCCGUGUAACUACGAGCUCGAUCGGCGGCAUAAUAACUCACGCUAAAGACGAACUCGAGUCCCACGAGUCCUCGAAUGCUUUGCGUCAACUCGAGUCCUUGUCGCAGGGUCACACGAUGACGAUGACGACAACGAGAUCGAUCCCGUUCAAGGCGGGAACGGACAGAGGCUGCAUCAUAGAAGACGGCGCAGAAGAAGCAGCAGUAACAGCAGCAACGGAGGUGUCAGCAGGUCUGAUCAGCAUCCCCAGCAGCCGCACAAUCGACACGAGGCCAGCAUCGAGGCAUGGCAGAAUCUCUAUCAGCCCAAUCAGCACUUCCGUCAGCCCUACCUUGAUCCAGGACAACAGCAGCGCCAACAUCAUCAUCAACAACAACAACAACAACAACAACAACAACAACAACAACAACAGCAUCCUCAACAAAUACUCUCGUGGCUCUCGUUCAUGCAGCGUUUCGCCCUCGACAACGGAUAUGGAUACGGACAAUAGUCUGAUUACUUAUGCGCGCUUUGAGAACGGCGGUUUCGUCAGCACUCAGGAAGUACCGUUGGACCGUGAAAAUCCACGUCGUUGUACGGCUUGCGGCAAAGUUUUUCAAAAUCACUUUGGCGUCAAGACCCACUAUCAGAAUGUUCAUCUCAAGCUGAUGCAUCGUUGCAGCGUUGAAGGCUGCAACGCAGCUUUCCCAUCUAAAAGAUCGCGGGAUCGGCACUCGGCGAAUCUGAAUCUCCACAGAAAAUUGUUGUCUACCACCUCGAGUCCGCCCCUGUCGUCAAGUCUGCCGGCCAGUCUUUCACCUCGAAUGGACGAUAACUCAGCGAGCAUUAAUCCUUUGUUGCACAAUGAUCUUUUAGCCAGAUGGUACGCCGAUUCUGCAAUGAGUGGACUCAACUAUCCUCUGGGUUCGGUUGAUCUGGCAGCCAGGAUUCCACCUCCCCAUCUUCUGAUGCCACCUCACUUGGGCGCAGGCUUUCCAGGACUGUCCUCGUUCGCGAGCCAUCUCGUUGGGCUCAACGGUCUCACGCAGCAGCGUCUCAACCAAUUGAAUCACUUAACGAGGAUGAGUCACGAGCGUUUAACCGAAGAUUCCCAAAUGAGUCGCAACGAGGUGUCACCGGUCUCGUCGCCAAAUACUUUUGACGAACGACACGAGGACGACGGGGUCAGAUGCACUAUUCCUGGAUGCGAUCGUAUUUUCGGAUCAAGAGCUGUCAGGGAUGCACAUUCGCGAGAUCCUCAGGCUCAUAGAGACUUGACAAUCAUGUCGAGUAGUAUCUCGUGACCGGUAUUUUACGAUCGGAUUAAUGAUUAUCACUACUUCGGAACGGCUGUGAAACGCCGAGCCUGUGAUGCCAAAUUCUCGUAUGAGUGAACUUACAAAUUCUCCAGUGAAUCGAUGCGAAACUAUCGCAAUGGAAGAGUAGAAAUAAUUCACUGCAAUUAACUCGACAUCCUCGCUUGAGACGGCCAAUGUUCCGACGAUUCAUUUCUCUUUCUCCGUCUCUUUUAUCGGGUAAGAAUUUCGCGUCGUGAAUAAUGUUGGACAACCGUGAUUAGUGCUGGAUACGGCAGUAUUAAAAUCGGAACACGAAGGAAGUAAAUAAAAAAUCAAACGCGCUAAUGAUUCGUGUUUCGCGUAACCGGUGAAAAAAAAAAAAAAACAAACAAACAAACAAACAAGAAAAAAAACGAAUGAUUAUUGCCGGAACGAAAUUUUAUCGUCGUUGUGAUUAUUACGUACGAUUAGUUGAGUACGCAUUAAAACUAUUUAAUCAUUAAUCAUUCUCUGGUAUCGCUGUAUAUACCUACUAUCGAUGUAUUCGGGUAAUUAAUUGAAAUGUAGACUGGAAACGAUUUUACGUCGACACGAAGAGGAAAUAAUCGAGCAAAGUCGCUGACCAGCUCAGUCCGCGACCGUUUUGUAAAAUUGAGCGCAAUAAAAGAAGGCAACUGAAGAAAUUAGCCAGAGUAGAGAGAAAAAAAUGAAAGAGGUGCGAAGGAAUAAAUAUAAAUGGCAGCUAGUAGAAGAAAAUUUGCAAUAAAUAAAACGAGAAGAGUUUAUUGAACAAAAUCAAUAGCUAACGACGUAUCUGCUCGUAACAGAAAUCGGGCAUUGUCAAGGAAUUGGAAACUCACGCUGUCUAAAUCACACUGUUCGUCGUAAAAUAAGAAAAAAAAAACUACGACGUAGAUUUAUAAACGAAAAUUCAAGACGAUGAGGGAUGGAGGAGCAUAGAUAGAUUUUAUUUAUUUGUUUCCUAGGGAAUCCUAUAAACGUUACUCUGUAAUGGCGGCCAGUAGCGGAACUGCCGUGUGAAAACUUCCUCCUUUUUAGAAUUAAACGAAUCGUGUGACGUCUUGAAGCAAUCGAGUGUUAAGGGUGUUUUUGGUAAGUGAACUAAGGAGGAUAAAACGAUUUGAAAAAAAAAUAAUAAUAAUAAUAAUUGAAAAAUGAAUUUAACAUAAAAUAACGUUAAAUAUAAAUUGUGAAGAUUUUUGACGCAGCCGAACGACCUUCGGUUUGUCUCCGAAAUCUCGAUGUUGCAGUGCUUCAUAUCUCAUGCGCAUAGACCGAAUCGAGAAUCUCUGUCUCUCUUUGUUUCACUCGAUACUCAUUAUUAUUAUUUUAUUAAUAUUAUUAUUAUCAUUACUAUUAUUAUCUUUAUCAUCAAUACUAUUAUUAUUAUUAAUAUUAUUACUAUUUUUUUAAUUAUUUUUCAACAAAUGAAAGAUUCUCGGUGAUAUCAUGCGCAUAACAAACAUCCCCACGACCUUUGUGGAAUCAUCCAAUUAUUACGUCUCUCGCACUCGGCAACGUAACAGUCGCUUCUGUCUAAUUCACCACUUUUGUUGUUGUACAUACAAUUUCAUGACAUUUGUGUUUUUUUUUUUUUUUUCCAACUAUUCGGCUAAACAUCACUUGAGCCACAUGGGCUCUGUGACUCUCGAACACAUUUAAAAAGCCACAAAAACCCACAUACACACGGGAAACACUCGAUCUAUCGUUAUGCUCGUCAAGAAGAGAAAAAUGAAUAAACCUUUUUCUACAUGCAUGUGUCGUUAUAUCCUUUGCUAAAGGUCACACACUCGCUUCGCAUACGACAACUAAAAGGAUGACGAAAGCACGAUCAACCGAAAAUACGACCACGUAAUCCUAUAAGUUAAAUAAAUGAAAAACGAAAAAAAAUGUGACGUAUUUGAAAGGAAUGUGUAAUCCAGCGAAAAUAAUAUUGUGUGAAAAAAUGAUAAACGAGAGGUGAGGAAAACGAUAUACGAAGGAAAAAAGGUUUACAACUGUAAUUAUGUAUAAUACUGGACGGUAUGAUGUAUAUUAUAGAAUCGAUUAUAAAGAAUCACACCACUCAUCAUUAAUGAAAAUAAAAAGUACCUAUAUAUGAAACUUAAUGGAAAAAUUAA